AUGGCUGUUGUACCGCGACCUUACACUCCGCGGUCUGGAGAUUCUGCCGACAGUGAGGACGGUACGGCAAUAGUGGGUGCAUCACGGAUUAUCUUGAUGCCCGUGGAUGGAAGCGAACAUAGCGAGAGGGCAUUUAUGUGGUACUUGGAUAAUAUUAUGAAACCGGGGGAUGGGUUAUACUUAACUCAUAUCGUUGAACCAUUGUCGCCUGGAAUGAAUUACUCACUUGCCAGCAAGUCACCAGCAAUGAAAGAAGACUUCACUCGACAUAUAAAUGAACUAGUGGACACCGGACGAUCUUUGAAGAGUAAAUUUCUAUCUCGUUGCGAAAGUCAGCAGCUCCAAGCCAGAUUUAGCAUUCACGUGGGCACAAAGCCGGGUGAACAUAUUGUCCGAUUGGCACAAGACCAAAAUGCCCACAUGAUCAUCAUCGGAAACCGCGGAAUAGGAAGUAUGAAAAGAGCGUUACUUGGAAGUGUGAGCGAUUAUGUCCUGCACAACGCCAAGGUACCCGUGGUGGUCGUGCCACCGGUGAAAGUGUCCAAAAAGAAGUAA